AUGCCAUCGCCUCCAUCAGUCAGCCAACUCCUGGGUAUUAACCCUUUCCCUGCAGAAGCCCCGCCGAUCCCACCCCCCGGCGAUUCCCGAGAACCAAUGUACCCUUCCCCCCCUCAUCAUCCUUCUCUACCCGCAUCAGAAAUCGAGCUCCUAGCACGACUCGACCAGAAGCGAAGGGAAAUUGAGGCGGAAAUUGAGGCGUUCAAGGCGGCAAAGGAGGAGGAGUACAGGCAACUGGAGAGGUGGCUGAGAGCAGAGCAGAAACAACUACAGAGCACGAAUGGCGGGGAUGCGACGACACAUGCUGCCGCGGCGGCAGUAACAACUAUAGCAUCGUUCUCUGGUAACGAUAAAGGAUUCACCCGUGAUGAGGAACAAGUCGGACGCACUUCUGGAACUGUUGGCACUGGCACUGGGUGUCAGAUCCCGCUAGACCUCGGCGGUUCGAAGCUCAACGACACGCUGAAGCUCGAGCUCCCUGACAACCGGAAGCAGCCAGGUCUGAACGGAAACAGCGCUGACAGCAGUGCUACCACCUCCCCGCCAUUUGAAAAGGAACUGCAAGCCGCGGGCCUCUUCACUCCUAGAUACCUCCCACUGCUUGAUAACAACUUCUUUCGACAGAGCCCUCCGCAGGAUAGCCCGACUUCGCUACCACAACCUGUCAUGCCGAAGCUUGCAACUAUCCCAGGUCCGCCGUCGAGGACAGGAAACACAUCGCCGGCAUACCCCCUCGCUUCGUCGCUAAAGAGUUCUUCUGGAAGUUCAACGGGUACGCUCAACAAGUUGAAGCAAAAAUCGCCGAAGCGGGUUACGUUCCUGUUCGAGGACGAGAACUCGGUUCCUUCGCGCAGUAGCCCACCACCGUCUACGAAGGUCCACUGGACUUUGGAGGAAGACUAUCCGUUUGAUGAUGAGGAUGGCUUCGUGGAAUAUGAGGGAGAAGAUGUUGAGGAAGUAGACCAGGAAGAAUUUGAAGAGACAGCUGGCAAAGUAGAGCAGGUGGAGAAUGUCACAGAGUAUGUAGGCGAGAGGUCUACAGGUGAUGAGCUGGUUGUGCCCACGAAACUCGACAAUAGUGCACCUAUCGUCCAGGGUGGAGAUGCAUUCAGUGGACUGGGUAUCAAAAAUGUGUCCGGCGGGCUGGAUACGACGAAUGGGAACAAGCCAACAGCGCCAGGAUUCGACUCAGAAGAUGAUGAAGUUAAUGGGGCCGGUGAUGAUGACGAUGAAGAAGCUCUCUUUGAUCUGGACGAGACAAUACCAGAAGUUGUGGAUAACUCCCCGCCACAGCGAGAUUACUCGGCACUAUUAGAUACUGCGCUACCACAAACGAACGAUCGCCUUACGGCAUCGAAAUUCCCUAUGCUCCCAUCGUUUACACCAACAUUCCCUUCAGUCCCUGCGUCCGCUUCAGAUCCAAUCCUGACUUUUGGAAAAUCGCCUGGUCCCCGUCUUGGGCUCCCUAGAGCGGGAUCGGGAGGGGCUCGUAGGGGUUCCCUAAGCUCCUCUCUAUCUCUAUCGCCGUUCCUUAGCCAACAAAAAGAAGUACAGGCAAUUGCCUCAUCGCUGCCAACCUUUGGGUGGAACGGCGGCAUGGGUAUUGAGCCGCCUAAAAGCGGAUUCGUCCCCACACCCGGUGGACGGUUUAGAAGAAGGAGCAUCGUAAAAUACGACCUCCCCGAAGAUGAUACCCACUCUCUCAAAGGGAAAGGCAAAGACUCACGGACUGCCAUUGACGAAGAAGAAGAGGAAGACGAAGACGACACCCUUCUAUUAAGCCGUAGCCCGAACGCAACAAGCCUGCCAAUGUCAAUAAGCCGUCAUAGCCCCGCCGCAUUCGUAGCCAAGUCCUCAUCCUCAACACGUAGCCCCAAGCUCCCCGUCAUCCAGAACGACCACCAGAACUCACUUCCAAUCGCUGGGUCCCGCUCAUCGCCAAAGCCCGGUCGAUCCCCAUUAUCAGGAGCAGCACAAGUACACUCUACCCCAAUGCGCAAGGUAGACUCCGCAGACCUUCUAGCAGCGACGCCGACCUCAUUCUCGGCGCCAGAGGAGCAAGGCUCGUCGGAAAAGAGCGAUUCAGUGGCUAGCUACCGCCGCAGCUCAUUGUUCCCAUCGGCCUACGACUGCACGCCGUAUCGGACUGCAUAUGCUGCUGAGGUAGCGGCCGCGGCCGCACUCGACGACGACGAGGACUACGGCGGCGCGUUGGAGAGCGUGGUAGGCGGCGUUGACGGAAGGACGGGGCUGGACCCAGACGUGAGCAGUUUCUCGUACCGGCCGGGCGUGGGGGUGAGGGCCAGAAGGGGCAGUGAGGGCGGCGGAUUGGGAAUUGAGGCGAUGGAUCCGGGGCAGAUGAGCUUUGGAAUGAGGAUGGCGUUCGAGAACGUGCACAAGGAAAGGGGCGGUAGAUAG